CACCCCACAACUAUGUCUAUGUGCGAUCGGUGUGUCCAAGGUAUUCGACAUGAGGGCACCCCAGAAGGCAAGUUUGAGGCUAUCAACGGUGUCAGGUGCUACGUUGCUACGCCGUCGAACGACUUUGCGGCCGAUCGGGUUUUGAUCUACGUCGUCGAUCUUUUUGGUGUCGACUUGAUCAACGGCCAGCUUCUAGCUGAUGACUUCGCUCGAAACGGUUUCAAGGUGGUCAUGCCCGACUUGUUUGAAGGCGAUAACGUGCCCGUUGACGAGAUGGAGUCAGGACGCUACAACCUCCAGCCAUGGCUUGCUAAGCAUGGACCUGCUCAAGCACUCCCCUAUCUGUAUAAGGCUAUUGCGGGACUCAAGGACCGUGGAGUGACGAGGCUCGCGGCGGUGGGUUAUUGCUAUGGCGGUCGUCUCGCCUGGGAUCUCGCCAUUGAUAAUGUGACUCAAGUCACGAUAGUGAACCACCCCUCGCUACUCAAGAACCCGGAAGAUCUUGACAAAUACGUCUCCCUCUCCAAAGCGCCCUUGCUCAUCAACUCGUGCGAAAUCGAUCCUGUGUUCGGCGCAGAAUUCCAAACUAAAGCCGACGAGACCUUCGUGGGCAAGUUUGAGCCUGGGUACAAGCGCGAAUAUUGGCCCGGAUGUACUCAUGGUUUCGCGGUCCGGGGCGAUCUGGAAGAUCCGAACGUCAAGACAUGAAAAGAAGGUGCUUUCAAGGCAGGCGUGGAGUGGCUGAAGAAGUAUUUCUAAUUGAAGGCGCCAGUACGCAUACUGUACUCAAUUGUGACUUGUACUAUUACAAAAAGACUUCUCUGUGAC